AUGACCGUCACCUACUCAAGCCAGGUGGCUAAUGCCCGCUUAGGCUCCUUCUCUCGCCUGCUGCUGUGCUGGCGAGGCAGCAUCUACAAGCUGCUCUACAGCGAGUUCCUCAUCUUCCUGCUCAGCUACUACACCAUCCGCUUCAUUUAUAGGACGGCCCUCACGGAGGAGCGGCAGGUGAUGUUUGAGAAGCUGGCUCUGUAUUGCGACAGCUACAUCCAGCUCAUCCCCAUCCCCUUCGUGCUGGGCCUGUACACCUGUAACACAGCCCCCUCUCACCUGCUCAGCCCAGAACUGCACAUAGUAGGCACUCAGGAAUUAUUCUUUGAAAGAAAGAGGAUGGCGGAGGAGCUCCGAGGUCCCUACAGGCUCAGCAGGGACUUGGGCCUGAAUCCUGGGCCCCCCGUGGGGCCUGGCCACCUGGCCAGCCACCCCUCUACAGGACCCCCGCCCACUGCUGCUUCGCUCUACCCUGCAGGCUUCAUGACUCCCGCAAAACACAAGCACUUAGAAAAAUUGAGCUUGUGGCACACCACGUUCUGGGUGCCCUGGGUGUGGUUUGCUAACCUGUCAAUGAAAGCUUGGAUUGGAGGUCGAAUCCGGGACCCUGUCCUGCUCCAGAGCCUGCUGACCGAGAUGAACGCCUUGCGAACACAGUGUGGACAGCUGUAUGCCUACGACUGGAUUAGUGUCCCGCUGGUAUACACGCAGGUGGUGACCGUGGCGGUAUACAGCUUUUUCCUGGCUUGCCUGAUUGGGCGGCAGUUUCUGAACCCAGCCAAGGCCUACCCUGGCCACGAGCUGGACCUCGUUGUACCCAUCUUCACAUUCCUGCAGUUCUUUUUCUAUGCUGGCUGGCUGAAGGUGGCAGAGCAGCUCAUCAACCCAUUUGGAGAAGAUGAUGACGACUUUGAGACCAACUGGAUUGUCGACAGGAGCUUGCAGGUGUCCCUGCUGGCUGUAGACGAGAUGCACCAGGACCUGCCCCCAUUGGAGCGGGACAUGUACUGGAAUGACCCAGAACCACAGCCACCCUACACAGCCGCUUCUGCCCAGUCUCGCCGACCCUCCUUUCCUGGCUCUACCUUUAAUAUCAGUCUACGUGAGGAAGAGAUGGAGUUCCAGCCAAACCCAGAGGAGGAAGAGGAGGGUGCUCAUAAUGGCAUCAUCAGUCGCUUCCUGAGGCUGCAGUCCCACGACCACCCCCACCCCAGGACAAGCUCGAAGACCAAACUACUACUGCCCAAGAAGUCUGUCCUCCAUGAGGCGCCCGAGAAUCUCGCUGGGGCCAGGAAGAGCUUUAGGGACCAGGAAGAUAGCAGGGCCUGGAAGAUGAAGGGGGAGGAUGCCUCUAAGCCCGCUGCGCUGUACGGGAGGCCAGGCUACCACAGUGCCCCUCAGAUGCCGCUCAGCUCCACCCCGAUGGUAUUUCCAUCAGGACUGUGGGCACCCUCAAGUCUUCACAGAGUCUCAGGUGUAGACAGCACUGCCAAAGACCCAAGCCUACAGCCUGCCACUCCUGGGACCAAGACAAGCUUUGAAUUGCUCCCAGUGUGUGCAGGGGCUUCACUGGAGCACCCGGAAUUGUGUCACAUCAAGAGGAAAACUGUCGAGUUUAACUUGACCGACACAUCAGAGGCCCCUGAAAGUCAUCUCAGAGAACCACGUACACAAUCAACAAGCAACAUGCACACUGUACUCAAAGAUCAUGAUCCCUAUUGGGCUUUGGAAAACAGGGAUGAAGUACAUUCCUAGCCUGUUUCCUAAGGGGGAUGCUCCACUGGCCUGGUCUCACCUGCGUGUACACCGAUCCAGUCGUAGCCAUGCAGCUGUCCACACUGAAGAAUAUGUUCCUGACAGCCUGUACUAAAUGGUUAGCUCAGUGGAUAACAAUAAUCAUUAGUUUCAGGACUACUUAAGCUUUUAAAUGCCUUUUGUACAUAAAAAUAACAAAAGCUAGAAUAAGCCACUGGAAACAUGCAAUUCAGAAUCAGGAGUCUUGAAGUCCUAUCCGAAUUCAACACACUCAAGCCUUGGUUUCUUUACCAAACUUAGGAGUUUCAUAUAACUAAGGCUUAAUAAACUAAGGAUUUUCAUAAAUACAAGUCCUCUCAGGUGUUU